AUGGACUGGGAGCAGUUCUUCUCCAACUGCAGGACAACGAAUGGAGGAACCUUACAGAUGUUGAGAGACGCUACGCACAAACGGAAAAGGAAGCGGUGGCCCUGGACAGUUAGUACUGCGAGGAGACUGGAUUGUGAUACCACAGAGUCUCAGGAAAUCAGUCUUAGAAGCAGCUCACGAGGGACACCAGGGAAAAGAGUAGACAAAGAGCAGACAAAGAGUAGACUAAGAACGAAGGUGUGGUGGCCCAAAGUGGACAUGGAUGUGAAACGAAUGUGCAAAAGCUGCCAUAGUUGUCAGGUUGUGGGACAAUAUUCACCUUCCGAACCGAUGCUGAAGACUAAACCACCAACAGGACCCUGGCAGGAUGUCGCGGCGGAUUUAAUGGGACCGCUGCCCACAAGUAAAAGCUUGUUAGUGGUAGUCGAUUACUACAGUCGGUAUUACGAGGUGUCAGUGAUGCGGUUAACAACCACGCCCAAGAUCAUCAUCGCGUUAAGAGAGAUUUUUUCACGGUUUGGAAACCCACACUCGCUCAAGACGGAUAAUGGUCCGCAGUUCGUUAGCAAGGAGUUCGAAGAGUUCUCACGUGAAUGUGGAAUCGAACACAGGAGGUCACCAGCGCUAUGGCCACAGGCCAACGGCGAGGUGGAAUGA